UUUUUUUUAUUAUUAUUUAUUUUCAUUCUGAUUAGCAGUAGUCUGCGAAAAAAUCACAUCAUUUUUUUUUUUUUUUGUCUUUCUUCUCAUAAAAACUUUGAAUAAUGAAACCUCAGACAUUAUCAGACAGUGAUUCCGAUGCCAGUAGUAUGUCGUUAGCGUUUUCCGACGACAAUGAAGAGGAAAAUGAAUGUCGCUCGAUGAACAACCAUGGGUCCAGUAGUUCACAACAAUUAUUUGCUCGAUUUGUCAGAGACACUCGUUUCAAAGUGGAACAAAAGACAUCUGAAAUUAACGCCACCAUGCAAGAGAAAUUACCCGAAUGGAAGUUACGAGGUGCUCUUUACUCAACAAAAGCAAAAGAAACAAGUAUCGAAUGGUCAAGAAGAGGCAAAGUCGCUGUCGACCGUUGGAAAAAAGACCGUGCAGAAGAAGAAAACGCUCCUUAUAAUCCAGCAUAUCGUCAACAACACCCGCCAGACUCAGAAAAUGCAGUGUUUGGUAUGCCCUUGGAGGUCGCUGUGGCAUUGACUAAAAUCGAUACCGAUGAUUUAAUACCUGCUGUAUUUAAAAGAUGCAUAGAAUAUUUAAAUGAUGUUGGUGUACAUGAAGUUGGUAUAUAUAGAAUACCUGGAAGCACAAUCACUGUAAAUAAAUUACGAGCCGUAUUCAAUGAUGGUUCAGAUAUAGACUUUCAUGUGACAAAGCCAGAUCCACAUGCUGUCGGAACAUUACUCAAGAUGUAUCUACGAGAGCUGCCUGAGCCGAUUAUACCGUUUGAACUUGCCAACGAAUACACAAAACAAUUCAUGCAAUCCAUUCAAUCCUCCAACACGCUUGAUAAAGAAGCCAUGCAAGAUACCUUACAUGUGUCCUCAUCACUCACAGAUACAACAACCAAUGUCAAAUUACCUCCCAUUUCACCUGACCUUUUAAAAACAGUACGCUCCAUCACAUCCAAAUUACCCAUCUAUAGCUUUUGCUUGUUGCAAUUACUUUCACGUCAUUUAAAAAAAGUGGCAGAUAACCAGCAAGAAAAUCGUAUGUCUGUGUCUAACUUAGCAGUCAUCUUUAUCCCCACACUCAAUAUAGGUCGUGCUUUAUUUCAUUGCAUGGUGGAACAUUAUGGUGAGAUAUUUGAAGGACACGCAUCCCAUCUACAUGGCGGCGUGACGACAAUUAUCCCACCACCUUUACCCCAAAAACCUCGCAACUUGUCCAUCCAUGCGAAUGAGCCGCGUAAAAUAUCACAUACAAAGACCAUGUCGGAUACCCAAGUCAUGUUGAAUACACCCAAAGUGCCACCUCCUAAACCCAGUCGAUCCCCUUUACCUUCAAAGCACGCUUCCACUACGACAGCGACAACAUCCCGGGAUCCUAAGAUGACAGGACAAAGUCAACCCAUCAUGUUUCCUUCAACAAUAAAACGACCUCAUGUGCCGCCUAUUAAGCCUCGAUCGAAAUCCCUGUCAUCGCCCACACAUCGUCCCUCUGUUACUACGACGGACGUGACAAGGAAACGAAGCGGAAGAGUGGAGGCGAUUGGGAAACAAUUUGAAACUUUGAUGAGUAAUAACCAGAAUAGUUUUUCAAAAUAAAAUCUUUUUUUAUUUAAUUUCACAGAUGAAGUAUUUAUUGACGGUUUUUAAAUCUGUGUUACAUCCAA